CGAUAACCAAACUACAAACAGCUGAUCACUUCUGCACGUGUGUUUCCUAUAUUUUAGUGUUUACGUUUUAAAAGAAAUAAUCUUUAAUAAUGGGCAAACACAAGAAAACUCAAAAAGUGAAGAAGCAGCGAAAUGCCCAGCUGAAACGUUUGAUGAAACCAACAGACACCAGGCUGAAGGAAAAAAACCGGGUGAUAAAGGAAAAGAAGAAGGAUCCGCACCAGAUGAAGGUGCACGAGGCAACCCAGCAAAGCUCCGCUCUCUUCUUCCAGUACAACACCCAGCUGGGUCCUCCCUAUCACAUCGUCCUCGACACGAACUUUAUUAAUUUCAGCAUCAAAAACAAACUAGAUAUUGUGCAGGGAAUGAUGGACUGCUUGUACGCAAAGUGCAUACCAUACAUUUCAGACUGUGUACGCGCUGAGCUGGAGAAACUUGGAAACAAAUACAAGCUGGCCCUGCGCAUAAUUUCCGAUCCUCGGUUCGAGCGGCUUCCAUGCCUGCACAAGGGUACCUAUGCAGAUGACUGCUUGGUGGAGAGGGUGCGCCAACACAAGUGCUACAUUGUGGCCACCAACGACAAGGAUCUGAAGAACCGCAUUCGGAAGAUCCCGGGAGUGCCUAUUAUGUACGUUGCGGCGCACAAAUACGCCAUUGAAAGGAUGCCAGAAGCCUACGGCGUAAAGGCGUAGAUAAUAGUUUAUAUAAUUUUUUAGACUACUGUUUUAAAUAUAUCAAUAUUUUAAGAAAAUACUGGUCUUUUCAAUCAUGCCUUAA